GAUAGACCCAAUCUGACAGCGGUGAGGUUCAGAGUCGUUAUGGCGUCGCACCGAACGAGAAUGGGAUUUUUCAGCUGCCGCAUGUAUUGCAAUUUACCAGUCAUGUUACACGUUCUUUUGUAGUUAAAUAUACACAUGCAAAUGAAGGAAGAAGAUAAUAUACCGGGAACGGUCAAUGGCACUGUUAUGGAGCGAAAAAAAGGUGGUGUCGAAGAUAGCAGGGGUUGUACGGACACACAGGUCUACGAAGCGGGAUCUAAUCAAGCUGCAGGUCGUGGCGACCGCAAUGGUACAGGAAACCGUGUCGGAACGGGGAUACGCGUUCUAAAGCGGAACAUGAAGAGGAAUGGGAGCAGAGGAUGUGUUACCAGGAAGACCCGCUUUGGAUCGCGGGAGCGGGACUGGCUGAAGGGGGAUGCCCAGCGGGGCUGUGUGUGUCUGUAUGGGAGAACAGUUGACCCCCAGCCCCCAGCCUCGGGCCCACAGACCUCCUCCACCCUCCAGGCAGACCUGCGGCUGGUGUUAUGCUCCACCACUACCACGGUGGAGGAGCUGUGUGCCCAGAGAGAAGUAGAGGGACUAUACCUGCAGCUCCAUGGAGACCUGCUCAGGAGGCUGGACCCCUCUGAGCGCCCUCUCCAGAUGGUGUAUGACUACCUGGCUGCUAUAGGCUACCAGGACCCUCUGCGGGUUCAGAGAGAGGCGGCCAACUCGGACCUCAGCUGCAUGAUCCGCUUCUACAGUGAGUGUCCAAUGAACGCAGACCAGCAGGAGCGAACCCUGCUGACGGGCGUGUUCAGCGUCAGGAAGGGGAAGACCCAGCUGCACAAGUGGGCAGAGCGCCAGGUCCUCCUGUGUGGAACCUGUCUGAUUGUGGCCUCCGUCAAAGACAGCCUGACGGGGAAGAUGCACAUCCUGCCCCUGGUUGGGGGAAAGGUGGAGGAGGUGAAGAGGAGACAGCACUGUCUGAUGUUCAGCUCAGCCGGACCUCAGGCCCAGACAUACUUUGUUAACUUCGACACACUGGCAGACUAUCAGAGGUGGCAUCGGCAGGCUUCAAAAGUGGUUUCUCAGACCAUCAGCCUGGUGGAUCUGUCAUGCUACAGUCUGGAGGAGGUGCCAGAGUACCUGUUCUACAGCCAGGACCUCACCCACCUCAACCUCCGACACAACUUCAUGUCCCUGCAGGGCCCCGGAGGACUGCUCAACCUCCCCAGGUUUUCCCAGCUGAAGAGCCUGAACCUUUCGCAUAACCGCCUGGGAGUGUUUCCAGAGUCUGUCUGUGAGAUCCUCACCCUGACAGAGCUCAACCUCUCCUGUAACGGCAUGAACACUGUCCCCGCACAGAUAGGCAACCUCCAGAGUCUGCAGACCCUGUCUCUGGAUGGGAAUCAGUUGAGCUUCCUUCCUGAAGAGCUUGGCGGCCUAGCUCAGCUCAGCAGCCUGGGGCUUUCCUUCAACAACUUCCCCCACAUCCCUGGUGUGCUGGAUAGGCUGAGUGGCAUGGACAGGUUAGCCAUGGCUGGGAACAGGGUGGAGACCCUGGAGCUGGGGAUCCUUGCCAGGAUGAGCCACCUCAAGAACAUCGACCUGCGGCUGAACGGUCUGCGCUGGGUGAAGAGUGAGGCCCUGGAGGCAGUGAAGCAGGUGACCCAGCUAGACCUGAGGGACAACCACUUGGCCACCCUGGACCUGAGCUCCAUCUGCAGCCUGGAAACCCUGCACUGUCAGAGAAACCAGCUGAGGGCGCUAACACUGAGUGGCUUCACCCUGCGCACACUCCACGCCAGCAGCAACCGCCUGACCACAGUCAACAUCUACCCAGUACCCAACCAGCUGACACAGAUGGACCUAUCACGGAACCUGCUGGAGUACCUACCAGACUGGGUGUGUGACAGUAGAAAGGUGGAGGUGCUGGACGUUACACACAACUUUCUGUCUGAACUACCAGCCAGACUGCUCAGCAGCCUGAGUCUGAGGAAGCUGCUGGCUGGGAACAAUAGGCUCCAGAGACUGCCUGACCUACUUGACCACGUCCCCCUGGAAGUACUCGACCUCCAGCACAACAAGCUAGGGGAGCUCCCAGAGAGCCUCUUCUACAAGGCCUUAAACCUAAAGUACCUGAACGUGUCAGCUAAUGCCCUGGAGACAAUUCCCCCCAGCUGCCAAUCAGAGGAGAGCCUCAGCACUCUCCAGGAACUGUACCUGACGGGGAACAAACUGAAUGAGAACUGCGCUGCUUUGCUGGUGGGACACCAGAACCUCCGAGUCCUGCACAUGGCCUACAACCAGUUGCUCUCUUUCCCUGCCAGUAAACUGAGUAAACUGGAGCUGCUGGAGGAGCUGAAUCUGAGUGGCAACAAGCUGAAGACCAUCCCCUCCACCGUGUCCAGCUGUAAGAGGCUACACACCCUCAUAGCACACUCCAACCACAUCAGUGUGUUCCCCGAGAUCCUCAACCUGCCAGAGAUCAAGCUGGUGGACUUGAGCUGUAAUGAGCUGACUGAGAUCCUACUACCAGACUCUCUAACGGCCACCCUGCACGAACUGGACCUGACUGGCAACAGCAGCCUCAUGCUGGAGCACAAAACACUCAACCUGUUCAGUCACAUCACCACCCUGAAGCUGGACCAGAAGCCAGCCAUGACCACCGGGGACUCCCUGGGCUCCUCCACCCUGUGGAACCACGGCUACUCUGAGAUGAGCGGACAGAGGAACAAGUUGUGUGUGUCUGUGCUGGCAGUGGACCACUUUGGGGAUAGUGUUGAGGCGGCCUAUGGCGUCUUCGACGGAGAUCGCAAUGAGGAAGUUCCUCGUCUGCUGCAGUGCACCAUGGGAGAUGUGCUGUCGGAGGAGCUGCUGCAUUCCAGUGUGGACAGUGUGUACAUGAGUAACACCUUCCUCACCUCACACAGGAAACUGGGCAUGGCUGGUCAGAAGCUGGGUGCAUCUGCCCUGCUCUGCUACAUCCACCACGAGCCGUCGGAGCUGGGCAGCUACUUCAGCCUGACGGUGGCCAACGUGGGCAGCUGCCAGGCGGUUCUGUGUCGAGAUGGCCAGCCUCUGCCCCUCUCCAAGGUCUUCAGCCUGGAGCAGAGCACCGAAGAGAUGGACAGGGUCAAACUCAGCAAGGCGAUCAUCACUGAGGAUAACAAGGUGAGUGGAGUGACAUGCUGCUCUCGCCUGCUGGGAUGCUCUUAUCUGUCUCCCUGGGUGCUGCCCAAGCCCUGGGUGCGCACCGAGCCGCUGUGUUCCCAAGAUGAGUUCUUGAUCCUGGGGAACCGGGCGCUGUUUGAGAGGGUGUCCUACCAGGAGGCCGUGUGCACUGUGCAGGCCGUGAGGGACCCCCGCGCAGCUGCCAAGAAGCUCUGCACGCUGGCCCAGAGCUACGGCUGUCGGGACAAUGUGGGGGCGGUGGUGGUGUCCCUGCACAUCGGGGAGGACAGCUGUACCUGUGAGACCCCUCACGCCAGUACUGGUACUGAACCCCGUGGACCCCCUCCAACACCCCUCCCCGUCACUGCUCCCCCAGGGGACCCGGCCACGCCCUCCUCCAGCAGUGGCAUCGCCUCAGAGUUCAACAGCGAGACUUCGGCCUCGGAGGUGGGGAGUGAGGCGGGCUCCACGGCCUCUGACGAGCACCCCUCCACUGGCCCCAUAGCCCGACCUGAGAGGCGCUGUAGCCUCCACCCUGCAGCCACGCUCUGUGCCCCCGCGGGACCCGGCUCAGCUGGGGUAGGGGGGCCCCACCCAGUCCUGUUCCAGCGCCAGCCCUCCUGUGCCACCUUCUCCAGUAACCAGUCUGACAACGGGCUGGACAGUGAUGACGAGGCUCCACUAGAGGGAGUCAUCUCCAACGGGAGCAAGCUGGAGGUGGAGGUGGACAUCCACUGCUGUGCUUUCCAGAUCCGCUCUGGGCCCCCCGCGAGCCACAAGGACCACAACCUGGACAAGACGCGCUCAGACUACCCCAACGGAAAGAUGCGUCGUCAGAACAGCGUGGUGGUGUCAGCCACUAACGGCUGCCUGCUGGCUGUGUGUGGCAGGGAGAUCUCCGACCUAAAGAAGUCCCCCUCCACCUGCAGCCUCUUUGGGAAGAAGCUCUCCAACGGCUCCGUGGUGGCCCCGGAAGAUAGCCACAACCUCAUCGAGGUAGCCGUGGAGGCCCCUAAGAAGAAGUCGGGUUACUUCACUGCCCCUGCCCAGCAGGACCCCGAGGACCAGCUGGUAGUGCCUCCCAGUCUAGAGCAGGAUGUUAGGGAACAGCUGAGGGGCCAGAGCCCUAUGGUCCCAGGACCUCCACCUCCUUUCACACCCCCGUCCAUCAGAGACCCUGUGUGGGACCACCCCCACCCCCCUGCUCCCAUGCUGCCCCAGCGGGACCUCGCCCCCAACCCUAUCCCUGCCCUACAGCAGGAAGUCUAUGAUACUGCCCUCUAGAGGGGACCAGAGCACAGCGCCACCCUGUGGUUGUCCUGUGACAGUGCCAUACCAGGGGGGCAGAGGAGGUCUCUCUGGCACAGGUGGGAUAUUCCAGUUCAAGUUUCCAUUCAGCUCUGUCAUGAAGACAUGUGGGGCCUUGACUGUUUACACAUGAAUGCGUUACGUCACGUUAGACGUAGAGAGGUACUUAGCUAACUGUCUGAUGAACCUGGUGGAACUGUCAGAGUAUCAGAGCUGAACAGGCACAAGUCACUAACCAUGAAAAUAGGUUGUGAAAAGAAGGGGGCCACCAGAGGCCAAAAUACCCCAGCCUGAACUAGAAUACCUCAUGCUUUUUAGACUGCAAAACUUGUUUGCAACAUUUCCCUUUACUUGGAAGGAAGGUCAAAUAGUGAAAUGGUAGAAUAAUCCAUUUGAGUGUGUUAUCAUUCCAUUGCUGGGGGCUCCAGGGGUUCCUAGAUCCCAGGGACAAGUCCUGUGACCAAAAGGUGAAAAAGUGCCUACUGUAGAUGACUCAGCCCCAGAUGUCCCUGCCUCCCUGCCUGUGUGUGUAUGGAGGGGGGAGGGGACACGCAUCAGUAUUAACCCUGGAAUAGGACAUCACUGUGUGACAGCGUCCUCCAGGGGCCACCAAUGGUACAGCCACUUCUCGCGCUCGCUCGCUCUCUCUCUCUGUCUCUGUCUGUCUGUCUGUCUGUAUAUAUAUAUCGUACUUUAUCUCCCUCUCUAACCUGUUGACUGCACAAUGGCAGCCGACAUGGCUGGCAGGACUGGAAACUGGGCUGACUGGCCCUUACUCUGUGGUACAAGGAUUUAGACUGUGUAUGCUAGAGGCAGGUAGGAACAUAACAGCAGGUGAUUAAAAAAAACUAAUUUAAUUUUUAUUUACUAAAAAAACUAAGAUGUGACCCUUUCUAUCUACACCAUAAUCCUCUAUAUGGGAAAUACAGUUAGUAUCUAUAUACACAUUUAGUCUGAGCAGUAUAGUGCAGAACCACAUAGUGGUGUAAUCACAUGACCUGCUUGGCCUAGUCCUAGCAUCCGGAUGUGUAUCCAUUUGAAAUGAUUGAAGCCUUGCUGGGAGGAAUAAUACAGAAAAUAAUGUUCAAAAAUAGCAUCAAGCUCUCAAGAAAAGGCAAACGCAAAAUAACAUAACAGUGCAUUGCUCACCUGUACAGAAUCAAUAUGGCAUACUGCUUCAAAACCAUUAUUGUAACACUGUAUCCGUGACAGUGCAUGGUCAGCAAAUUUUAACAGAAAAAGUUGUUAUAUUAAUGAUGUUUUAUGGGCAACAUGAGUGGUGACAAUGAAGACGAAACAAUUGUUCACGGUGUUCAUAUCUCAAAGACGCUACAAUGCACACUAGAUACUGUACAGGAAUCAUUACAAAUGAUGGGUGAAAAAACAUGUUCUUCAACAUGAGUUCUUCACAUUAUUAGAGUGCCAUCAUUUAAGGAGUCCAGAUACUGUGAGGUGUGUAGCCCCUUUUUCUAUCGUUUUUCUAGUUUCACGCUUGUUGUACCCAGGAAAUUGUGCAAAAUCUCUCCAGUGACCAACGUAUCGAAAGUGUUUUAAGGUUUGAGAAUCAUUCUGUUCCCAUCAUUCCAUUAGCUUCACAGUCAACUAAACAAAAUAUCCAUGAGUAGAGUACUAAAAUGAGGAUGUAACAUGGUAUAUUAUUUUACAUGUAAAGUAUGCAUGUUGUGAAAGUCUAUUUUAGCCAUGCAGUUUGCAUAAUUCCUUUGGAGCCUAUAGAUAGAGCUGGUUGAUGUUCUUCAUUUUAAGUCAGUGACCGGCAAGAGAAAGAGUAGAAAUAAUUAGAUAUUUCAUUCUCAGAUCUACUGACAGAUUCAAUAGGGGUUUGUGGGACAUCUGGUGGUGAUAACUAUGAAUUGCCUCAGAUGUUAGUUAUAUAUCAGUGAAUAUCACCAGUGUACUGUACGACCACUACCACCUACUGUAUAACAGAUUCAGAAUAAGCACAAUGUGUUUUUGUUGGCAGGACAGAAAAGCUCAUUGUUGUCUUGGUGACAAGGGCUGGUUUGAGUAAGAGGGGUGGUGUAAAGCUCAUAUGAGUGGCAACACCAAACCAUUUCAACAGGUGGGUGGAUGACUGGAUGGGGUAUUGUGAAGGAACAACGUUUCAAGAGGUAUGUAGGACACCUGACCAAAUGCUGAGGAGGAUGUUAUCUUACUCUUCUUUCACAGUGUGGAGACAAGCCUUUGUCUGUUCCAUAUGUUUCUAAGCUGUCAAGGGACCCUUGGUUAAUACCAUUCAACCAAUGAGGGAAACGGGUUUAUCAGAUUACGUUUAUGUGGAAUUUUAGCAAAAAUAUAUAAUACUCUUAUCUACAAAUCAACUCACCAGAGCUAAUGAUCUCAUCCAUCGCACAUAUGUGUUCUGGGAUAAUGACAUGAUGCAGAUGUGGGUUAAAGUAUCGACUAUUUGACACACAAAACAAAUAACACAGGUAUUCUUAUGUAUAGGGCCAAUGAGACAUUAACUUAUACAUUACAUAUGCAGCUCACUGGAUAAUGAAGUGAUGACAUCACAAUGAGCAAAGUACUUUUGUGUCCCGAGAAGAGUGAAAAAACUAAAGUAUUGAGUGUAAGCCAUUUGUUUUGCAUCAGAAUUUGAGUUCAGACUUUAUUUGGGGCAUUUGCUAAUGGUUUUAGUGUUGCUGAGGCAUGGAGUGGUCCACAGUAUGGCCCUGGCUUUUAUCUAGCACAGACAUUGUGAAAUAUGUCCGUCAUGGACAUUGCUUUGAAUAAAGGCAUCUGCAUAAUAUGGGUCAGUUGACUGUGAAUAUGACAUUUCUAUAAAGUUGCACUUGUGCUCCAGCAAUGUUAAAGGAUAGUAUACCGCUAAUUGACUCAUCAUUGAUAUAACAAAGCUGCAGACCAAAAUCUACCCCCCUUCCCCUUUGUGCCAAACUGCCUAACUCUAACCCAUUUUAGAGAGAACAACUUUCUGACUUAGUAAGAGAGGGAUUGUGGUCUGACAAGAGAAUGACUGGGAUGUGUUCCUAGAUGCCACUGUGAAAAGGCUAGUGGCAUGGUUGUAAUACUUACCAUAGCUGCUUAGCUAGCUACAACCCUCUCUAUGCUUGUUCAUAGCCUUAAUGCAGCGCUGCCAGUCCCAAUGAUGAUGGGGACUGUCUUUUUCUGUUGGUUUUAUUUCCUUUAGCGGAGCUGGUUUUGCCCUUUGACCUUACGUGGCAAGGUCAGGAGCAUAUAACACGCCAAUAUUUUGCAUUCUUUUCUCCAAAUUGCAGAGGGAGCAAGGCAACGUUUCAAGCCAGUAGAACAAGGAUUGGGACCAGAGGGGUGGAUUCUAAAGGUUUCGUAGAACUGGCAGUAUUUUAGAUGCUCAAAAACCUCACAGCGGCUUCGAAAUGGCUAUUUACUUCAUUCUCAACGUUCUAGACUGGAAUGAUUUGUGAAUUUGCCUUUCUUAAGCUUGCUUGCUUAUAAUAUGAGAUGUAUUACAUACAAUUGAAGUCGGAAGUUUACAUACACCUUAGCCAAAUACAUUUAAACUCCGUUUUUCACAAUUCCUGACAUUUAAUCCUAGUAGAAAUUCCCUGUCUUAGGUCAGGUAGGAUCACCACUUUAUUAUAAGAAUGUGAAAUGUCAGAAUAAUAAUAGAGAGUGAUUUAUUUCAGCUUUUAUUUCUUUCAUCACAUUUCCAGUGGUUCAGCAGUUGGCAUACACUCAGUUAGUAUUUGGUAACAUUGCCUUUAAAUUGUUUAACUGACAGAGCUGGUGUAACAGAGUCAGGUUUGUAGGCCUCCAUGCUCCCACAUGCUUUUUCAGUUCUGCCCACAAAUGUUCUAUGGGAUUGAGGUCAGGGCUUUGUGAUGGCCACUCCAAUACCUUGAUUUUGUUGUCCUUAAGCCAUUUUGCCACAACUUUGAAAGUAUGCUUGGAGUCAUUGUCCAUUUGGAAGACCCAUUUGCGACCAAGUAUUAACUUCUUGACUGAUGUCUUGAGAUGUUGCUUCAAUAUAUCCACAUCAUUUUCCUUCCUCAUGAGGCCAUCUAUUUUGUGAAGUGCACCAGUCCCUCCUGCAGCAAAGCACCCCCACAACAUGAUGCUGCCACCCCCGUGUUUCACGGUUGGGAUGGUGUUCUCCGGCUUGCAAGCCUCCCCAUUUUUCCUCCUAACAUAACAAUGGUCAUUAAGCCCAAACAGUUCUAUUUUUGUUUCAUCAGACCAGAGGACAUUUCUCCAAAAAGGACGAUCUUUGUCCCCAUUUGUAUUUGCAAACCGUAGUCUGUUUUUUUUAUGGCAGUUUUGGAGCAGUGGCUUCUUUCUUGCUGAGCGGCCUUUCCGGUUAUGUCGAUAUAGACAUAACCUGUCUAUAAAAUUGUAAUUGUAAAAUUAAGAGUAUCAGGAGCGGUAGAGAUACUCUUAAUGAUCGGCUAUGAAAAGCCAACUGACAUUUACUCCUGACUUGCUGCACCCUCGACAACUACUGUUAUUAUUUGACCAUGCUGGUCAUUUAUGAACAUUUGAACAUCUUGGCCAUGUUCCGUUAUAAUCUCCACCUGGCACAGCCAGAAGAGGACUGGCCACCCCUCAUAGCCUGGUUCCUCUCUAGGUUUCUUCCUAGGUUUUGGCCUUUCUAGGGAGUUUUUCUUAGCCACCGUGCUUCUACACCUGCAUUGCUUGCUGUUUCGGGUUUUAGGCUGGGUUUCUGUACAGCACUUUGAGAUAUCAGCUGAUGUAAGAAGGGCUAUAUAAAUACAUUUGAUUUGAAAUUUGAUUUGAUAUAGGACUCGUUUAACUGUGGAUAUAGAUACUUUUGUAUCAGUUUCCUCCAGCAUCUUCACAAGGUCCUUUGCUGUUGUUCUGGGAUUGAUUUGUACUUUUCGCACCAAAGUAUGUUCAUCUCUAGGAGACAGAACGCGUCUCCUCCCUGAGCGGUAUGACGGCUGCGUGGUCCCAUGGUGUUUAUACUUGCGUAUUAUUGUUCGUACAGAUGAACGUUGUACCUUCAGGCAUUUGGAAAUUGGUCCCAAGGAUGACCCAGACUUGUGGAGGUCUGCAAUUUCUAUUCUGAUGUCUUGGCUGAUUUCUUUUGAUUUUUCCAUGAUGUCAAGCAAAGAGACAAUGAGUUUGAAAGUAGGCCUUGAAAUACAUCCACAGGUACACCUCCAAUUGACUCAAAUGAUGUCAAUUAGCCUAUCAGGAGCUUCUAAAGCCAUGACAUCAAUUUCUGGAAUUUUCCAAGCUGUUUAAAGGCACAGUCAACUUAGUGUAUGUAAACUUCUGACCCACUGGAACUGUGAUACAGUGAAUUAUUCUGUCUGUAAACAAUUGUUGGAAAAAUUACUUGUGUCACGCACAAAGUAGAUGUCCUAACCGACUUUCCAAAACUAUAGUUUGUUAACAAGUAAUUUGUGGUGUGGUUGAAAAACUAGUUGUAAUGACUUCAACCUAAGUGUAUGUAAACUUCUGACUUCAACUGUAAGUUUUAUUCACUUAUUUUGUUCCAACUUCGGACAAAAUCUGCUCUUCAAAGGAUCAAACACUAUUUAAAGCACUUUGUAUAUAGGGAGAUGAAUAUAUUCAAAGAUUGAUAUUUGAGUAUUAUGUGAGAAGUUUAUCAAAAAUGCACAUUAACUCAUAGGGCUUGAGUUGUCGUUGUUGUGGCUUCUGUCAGAGAAGACGUGAUAUGUUUGGCUAAGAGAAAGUAUCCAAUAGAAGUGCUAAUAAUUUGAAGUAAAGUGUGAGAGAAUUACAAAACUGCUUUUCGGUUGGAUGCAAGUUUGUCUUUUAGCACAAAGAUAGGCAUUGUUCUUCCUUGUUCAAGUCUUAAGGCUUUUUUUCUGUUGAGUCAUUCUGCUUCCAUGAGAGGAACAGCAGCUAGUGUUGUGGGGUGAAAGAUCCUGGCUCAUUCUAGGGAGGAUAAGUGGCAGAAAGCAGGCAUUUUGAAUAUUGCUUUGUUUGCUAACGGAAGCCACCUGCUGUGCCUCAGGCGGUAACACAGGUACAUGUAUGCACCACAGGUGUGGGUUUGCCCUCCACCCUGGGCACAGAAAGAGCAUUUCAGGACAGACUAAAGAAACAGAUUUGAGCUUGCACACAUCUGACAUUUUCAUAUGGCAUUUAAGUUGAGAACAUAAGAACAGUAUGAAGAGGUGAUUGUCUUUGAUGUGGUUGGUGGAACAAGAGAAUUCAAAGUUCUCAUAAUCCUCUUAAUGAACAGGAAGUUGGACUUCAAAUACACUACACAAUGUAGAUGAUUAUGAACAUGAAUUCCCUCACAUCAAAUAUGCAACGUGUCACCUGUAUAUAUUACUAACAGGUUACACACCUGACCAGAAAAUAGGAGGAUCCUUUUUUCAUAACUAUGAAAAUGAGUAGUAACUGAACAUUCUUGUCUGUGUGUGCGUAUGUGUGUGCGUAUGCAUGUGUGUGAGAAUCGUGAAGUGCAGUGUUCUGCCAUCGUGUGCGUUUUGACCUUUUGUCAACUCUUUCUGCGCAGUGGUCCAUGUAGAAAAGUUGAUCAAGAGGCUCCAUAAUUGGGCCCUAGUUUGCCAAGUGGUGACCAGCAACACACUACUAAGCUCUGUGCGUUCCAAAUGCACCCAUGCUACGUGCUCUAGCAGCCAAAAAUGCAUUCCGUAUGUCAGAACAUGCAUCUGCAGAUCCUUAGCCAAUUAUUAUAGCCUCCUUAUUUUGUUUACAGUCAACUCCCUUGUUUUUGUAAAGAACCAAAAAGUUGACUCCUACUAACAAGAGCUGGAAACAAUAUUGAUUGAAAAGGUCAUUAACCUCGAUAGAGGAAUAAAUGUGCCUGUACAUAUGCAUACCGUACGUAUGGGGCACAGUAACAGAUCAAGGUGACAUCACAAUGAUGGCAAAGUAUUCCCUUUAAUUAUUUAGUAGAGGAGAUCAACUACUGUUCAUGAUCUGAGUGCACAAUAAUCCUAUGUAAAUACAGGUGUGUGUGUGUGUGUGUGUGUGUGUUUGUAUGCAUAUUUAAGUAGGUUACGGUGUCAAUGCUUUUCUGAUUCCGUUUGAUCCAUUCUCUGUAAACACAUUUAUAGGUUUUAGUUCUCUUCUCAGAGGGAGAACAUGCUGCCUGUUUGUCAUUGCGGUCUGAGUGAGAAAGCAUGCAUGUGUUGCUAUUAUAUUUAACAGAAUGAAUCUCCAUUCUGUUAAAUGAUUAUGGUGAACUCUGGAAAGAAUCUGAUAUUGAAGAUGUUUCAAUUGUUUAACAUGUGACCAAAGUAAACAUUGUUUGAUCUCACCUUUCUUUCUGUAUAUUAUUUUCUAGAGAUGCUUGAAUAUUUUCUCUCAAUGCCAAGAAGCUGAGGUUUAUUUUUGUACAUUGUUUCAUGCAAAUGUAUAGGUCCUUCUCCACUACAGAAUCUAGAAUAAAGGGAUUCUAUUGUAUAUCGUCGCAGAUUAUGGUAUUUUUAUUUAAGAUUCUAAUUCAUGUAUUUAAUGUCUGAAGCAUGCCAUAUAUAAAAUGUAUACAGUGCAUAUAUGUGAUUAUUUUCUACAAAAUGUUAACAUGUUUGUAAGCCAAGGCAUUGUUUUGAAUAUCUGGAGCAUAUCUAAUAUUUUUGUUUAUUUUAGCAUGCAGAAAACUGCUACAAAUAUUUUUAUUCUAUUAAAUAUUUGAUGUAAUUAUUUUGAGGAUACCUUGUUUUAUCAUUUAGGAAAGGACUAACCAUGAGCACUUUUGCUGUUUCUCAGCCAGAAUUGUACUCCUUAAAAUUUUCAGUGGGCGAUGGUUUAUUUCAUUUGAGAUGCUGCUAUGACUAGUUUUGAGCAGAAAAUAUGUAUUUUUAAUUAACUUUCAGCCAAGUAGCAAUAAAAUUUAUACUGUGAAAAA